ACGGUGGGCAGGGCGCUGGCAGGUGGCUCGUAGGGUAAGACUUUCCAGCCAUGAGGUGGAGUCAGAGGCUGCUUCUCUCCUAGAAGGCAGCAGCUCCUGGCCAGGUACUGACUCACCCCACUUCAAAGGCCUUGGCCUUGGUUCAGCUAUUUAACCUGCUACACAGUGCCUGCCCCUCUGGAACUCUGCCUGCGGAGAGCUGAGCCCUACCUGCAGACCUUCGCCUCACCUGGGCAGGUACCGCUUCCUCCUCGCCAGUCCGCACCAGCUGAAGAGCUGUCCCCAAGGGCCCCUAGGCCCUGCUGCCUACUGCUCAGGGAUGCCUGCCCCCUGUGUCUUUGCUCCAGACAUGACCGAGCAGGUGCCCCUGUGGCAUCACUACCUGCUGGCCAUCCAGUCCCGGGAGUCACCCCGUGUCCAGGACUACCAGAGAGCGGAGAACAUCCUGCUCACUGUGCUGGAACGUGUCCAUGCCUUGGACCCCCGCUUCCUUGUCGACUAUUCUCGAGACCUGGAGGCCUUCCAGUUUGCACUGCGCUCCUCAGAGGACCCGCUGGAUGUGGAGGUGCCCCUGGGGGUGGACGCCGAGGCUCUCCUGAUUGAGGAGUCAGAAGCCACUGAGCCAGGGGAUGGCCCUGCAAUCUGUCGCCUGGGUGUCCUCAACGAAGCAUCUGGCCUGGAGCCAUGGAUGAGUGAUGAUGUCUUCAGCGUCUCCUCAGAGAGCAGAGACAAGUGCUGUGGCCACAUUGUACCCAGUAAAGUACUGUGUGUCCUUAAAGAUCUUCUGGUGGCUGCUAUUGUACACUGCAAACAUCACAACCUCGUCCCACCAGGCUCUCUGAAUGCUGCUAACCUGAAGGAAGGGCAGCUGCACCUGUCCCUGCUGGUGUCCAGCGGCUGGAGGAAGAUCCGCUUCAACGUUGUGCCUGUGGUGAGGAAGAAGCACAGGGUGCCUGCCUUGGAGCGGGCCCAGUUGAAGCCUGGAUUCCCUGAGGGCAUCUUGAGAAGAAUAGCCAGCCACGGGGUGGACCUGGUACCAGCUAAUGCCCAGCACUGGAGGAUCUCCACCAGCUACCUGCUCAGCCGCCUGCUUGGUGCACUAGGCUCCUUCCCUGGUCACCGCCUGGACAGUCUCUCCAUCCUCGACCGGGUGAACCUAGAGAGCUGGCGAGGUAGCAGCCAGAGCCCCGGCCUAACUUUUGACCACUUGAAGACAGUGCUGUUGUGGGCCUCUGUGCUCUUCCCAGCACCCGAGGACUGGAUGGACCUGCAGGGCGCCGUGUACCGUCUGCUGGUGGUGCUGCUCUGCUGCCUGGCUACCAGGAACCUGCCCCACUUCCUGUACCCGGAGCACAACUUGCUGCAGGACAGCGGCCUGGACCUUGGCGUCAUCUACCAACGCGUGGAACACUUCGCCAGCCAGCCCGAAGAGUCCUUACGAAUUCAUGUCACCCACCUGGGCCACAGUCGUCCACCACGCAUUGACAAUGGAGUCAAGGCACUCCUGCAACUACCUGCCAGUGACCCUACCUACUGGACCACUGCUUACUUUGAUUUCCUGCUUGAUAAGUUCCAGGUCUUUGACAUCCAGGAUAAGGACAGAAUCUCAGCCAUGCAGAACAUCUUACAGAAGACCAAGAGCAUGGGAAGCGACCACAGCUGAGCUGGGCGAGCAGGUCCAGUCUCUACCAACCUGCAGAGCUCCCUGGAACUUGUGGGAAGGAAAUGGGGAAUCAGAGAUAUUUCUUUGAGUGACUGGUGGAGGGACUUGGUCCCUAAGGACUCCUGUGCAAGGGAUAGCUGUGAGACUCCAAGUGCCUGGCACUGUGGCCUUGAGGCAGAUGCCAUGUUUCAAACUGGGACUGAGGUGGGUGGUUGUUUGCUUCCCAGAGACCCAUGGGUUUAUCCAAUUGACAGUCAGAACAGAUAUAGGCAGGAGACAGCAAUGGGUGUUUGCUCUGCCUCUGCUCCACACAACUCCUGGGAUUGAAAUACUGUGUGUUCAUUGUUGAAUACAUUCGUGCCCCCAUGUGCCCUGUGUGGAGAGGACCCCCCGCCCCCGCUCUCUGUAUCUCUUGGUGCAAAUAUAGACUCCUAAGACUCUGAAAGGCUUGAGUGCCAUGAUGAUGUCAUUUCAAACCUUCUCCACCCUCA